UUGUUUAGCUGCCAUUAUUGGGAGCGCCACCGCCGGUGGUGGCCACGUAACCCGGUGUCCGCUCGCUGGCCACAAACGUCCAAGUGUGAGCGCGCGCCGACCUGACCUGGCGUCGGCUGGCUGGCUGGCUGCGGGGACUCGGACUCUGGAGCAAUCAAAAUCUCUCGGCCCAUACGCGCCGCGGGCACACCCCACACCCGCCCGCCCAUCUCUCUCUCGGUUCCUGCGCUCGCAACCCCGCACGUUUCCACAGAGCCCCGGGCAGUUUCCAUUCGCUGCUGCCGUGCUGCGCUCCUCCUCCUGCACGUCCUCCCCUCCCCCCGAAUUCGAGCCGGAGGGCCGAAGAGUUAGAUCUGCGGCGGCGACCAGAGGAUAUGGCCGUCAACUGGGAGCUGCAGGGCUGCUGCGACCACGACCAGAGGAUCUUCAUCGCCGCCGUCGGCGUUUCCACCGUCGUCAUCCUCCUCCUCUGGAGGACGUUCCUGCUCACGCCGUUCAAGCUCAUCACCGUCUUCCUCCACGAGACCAGCCACGCGCUCGCCUGCAAGCUCACCUGCGGCGAUGUAGAAGGCAUGCAGGUCCAUGCGAAUGAGGGUGGCGUUACUCAAACUCGGGGUGGCAUAUAUUGGAUAAUCUUGCCUGCUGGAUAUCUGGGUUCAUCAUUUUGGGGAAUGGUUUUCAUACUUGCAUCCACAAAUCUCCUCGCAACAAGAAUUGCAGCGGGUUGUUUCAUACUUGCAUUGUUUAUUGUUCUUUUUGUUGCAGAAAAUUGGUUUCUUCGCUGGCUCUGCCUUGGAUUCAUUGUGUUCAUUGCUGUUGUUUGGGUCAUACAAGAAUUUACAUCUUUCCAUGUUCUGAAAUAUGUGAUCUUAUUCAUAGGUGUGAUGAACAGCUUAUUUUCAGUUUAUGAUAUUUAUGAUGACUUGAUAUCCCGAAGAGUUAAUACAAGUGAUGCUGAGAAGUUUGCUGAAAUCUGCCCUUGCCCCUGCAAUGGUUUUGCAUGGGGUGUUAUAUGGGGAUUCAUCUCGUUUAUCUUUCUCUGCGCUUCAAUAUACCUUGGACUGGUCAUAUUGUCUUGAGGAUUCCAACCUCGCGCAUGCCAUUUUGAUCUGACAACCAACUCUGAUUGGCUUUUGCAGAGUUUUCCUUGCUCUAGAUUUUGGUUCAAACUUACAUUGUUCUGGUAGUUGUACAGUAUACAUGCAGGGUAAACAUGUAUAUCCGUUGGAGUUAAAUUGGUGGAGAUUAUUCAUGUGAUUCUUCGAUUUUAGUGGUUCUAUAGAGAUACCGUUUUAGUCACCAGUUGUAUUUAUGGUCAGUAGCCUCUUCUAGUAUUUAUGUACCUGUAUAUCAUAUUACCUUGCCUUAUUGCCCAUUUAACCAAUUCAAAACAUAUUCGGAAAUGCAACAUUGUGCAUUUUAUCUGG